AUGUCAAGUAGUGAUUGCUAUCCCCAUUCCUUAAAAUCUCUCUUGGUCUUUCAAAACAGAAUUAACGAAGAGUUGAUUAGGAGCUUGCAUGUGUACCAAGUGGAGGAUGGGAAGCAAAAUGAAAUUGAGAGAGAGUUUUUGUUCUCAGCCAAUGGAUCAUAUAUGGAAAUGACAACUAAUCCAGCUCUCAGAUUGCUUAAGUUUCGGGUUUCUGAAGUGUAUGAAGGGCUUGUGAACGGUUUGUGGCUUUGCAUUCUUGCAUUUCAUGCCGAUCGUCCACCUCAUUUUACAUGCAUUCCUUCUCUACUCUCAAUUUCCAGAAAUCCCAAGCUGAAGUCAGUACCAACAAUAGCUGUUGAUCUUCAAAUUAUUUUCCAGUUGGGCUGCAUUAUGGAAGACAAAGAGCAAUCACGAUUUCCAAAAGGGGAAACAUGCCAACAGAAUGAUGAUUGUUACCGUCAAUCAAGAAGAAGUUCUCCCAAUCUUCAUCUGGAUCUUAACCGUCUUCCUUAUCCAGUUACCGAGUUAGAAUCAUCUGAAGAUCAAGAAAAGGAACAUUGUUCACCAGGUAUUGUACACAAUAAGAAAAAGAGAGCAGCAAGUGAACAUGUUGCAAGGAUUGCUUUAUCGGAUUUAGCCAAGUAUUUUGAUCUUCCAAUUGUGGAAGCUUCAAGAAAUUUGAAAGUCGGGCUUACAGUUCUAAAAAGGAAAUGUAGAGAAUUUGGUAUUCCUCGUUGGCCACAUAGGAAGAUCAAAUCUCUUGACAGUCUCAUUCAUGAUCUACAGGAAGAAACAGAACGGCAACAGCAGAAGAACAAGGUUGCAGCCAUGGCAGUUGCAAAGAGGCAAAAGAUGUUGGAGAGUGAAAAAGAAAAUAUAGAGAGAAAACCUUUUAUGGAGUUGCAAUGUGAAACCAAGAAAUUCAGGCAAGAUGUUUUCAAAAGAAGGCAUCGAGCUAGGGCUAUUGGAAACCAAGAUCCAUCCACCUCAAGUAAUGAGAGUACUAACAAAAUAUAG